GUUUGGAUGAACAAUGGCGGUGAAUGGUCGGAAGCGGCUUCUGCAGCUGGUGACACGGUUUGGGGUUCUGCUUCUUACCCGGUGCCCGUUUUGGUUCUGCUUUAGCCAGCUGAUGUUGUAUGCGGAGCGGGCCGAGGCCAAGAGGAAGCCUGACAUCGCUGUGCCGUAUCUGUACAUUGACCUCGCUGUUGCCGUUCUCUGCGCCAGUUUCAUGUCCUUCGGGGUGAAAAGGCGCUGGUUUGCACUUGGUGCUGCUUUACAGCUUGCCAUCAGCACCUAUGUGGGUCACGUUGGAGGACACGUUUAUUAUGGUGACUGGCUAAAGGUCCGGAUGUAUUCCCGUAUCAUUGCUGUCAUUGGUGCCUUCCUGGUCUUGGCCAGCGGUGCAGGAGAGAUUUACAGGCAGAAACCACGCAGUCGCUCAUUGCAAUCCACGGGUCAGGUCUUCCUUGGUAUUUACCUCAUCUGUGUGGCAUAUACCCUGCAGCACAGUAAAGAAGACCGACUGGCUUAUCUAGACUUCCUUCCAGGAGGCGAGCCAGCCCUGCAGAUUCUCUUUGUACUCUAUGGUGUUCUGGCUCUGUCCUUCCUCUCUGGAUAUUAUGUACGUUCUACAUCUCAGGUUUUGGCUGUAUUGCUGCCCUUUUCACUGCUCCUCAUUGAUGGCAACCUUGGCUACUGGCACAGCGUCAGGAAGGUGGAGUUUUGGAAUCAAAUGCGGUUGAUUGGUCAGAAUGUGGGCAUCUUUGGGGCGGUUGUCAUAUUGGCCACUGAUGGCUAAAUUACAGACAGUGCCGCCCUCUGAGUCAGGGACAGAAGUGUAUAUUAUGUUAACUGACUUUGUAAGCAGUUAGCAGAUAUGCCAUCAUGGCAGCGGAACCACACUCACUGCAGAGCGGUCCUCCUCCAUUUCGGUUUCAGCUGCUGUUUAUCAUCUAUUGGAAUGCCCCAGUCCUGGCCAGGAGGACCCCGGCAUGUCAUCUUGAACCACUGACAGACUUAGGAAAGGGUUGGAGCACCUGCACCCCAUCACUUCAUGACUUGAAACAGUUUACACUUUUAAAGAACCUUCCACAAAAAAUGCCUUUUAAAUAUAUAAACGCAGACAAUGCAUCUGUUUUAUUGGUCCUUCUUCAAGCUGGGUUCAUACGGACCACGCAGAGCAUCUCGCCUUUGCAUGGGGUCACUACUGCUGUAAUGGUCUUCUCUAGUUAUCAGUGCCAGAGCAGAAUGAUGUCUGUGGGAGCUUGUCCUAAUAAAUGUCUUUUUGUCUGCUG